CAGCGCACAAUGGUGGAUCCUGUUCCCCAUCAAUCAUUCAUGGCCUCGCCGUGGGAAGCGAUUUCUUGGGGGCUGCUGGAGUGGGAACAGGGGAGGGAUUUUCCGACCUUUGUGAUAUUAUAUAGGUGCUGGCAGCGUCAGGGAAGGUUGGAGGUACCUGGGUCGCCCACUAUCCCCGCAGGGGACAAACACUGCCGUGUCCCCUCUCCUGGUGUCCUCAUGGGUAUCUUGAGCUGCAUGAAGUACCUGAUGUUCAUCUUCAACGUGCUGGUGUUUGCUGGGGGGACGUGCCUGGCAGGCAUGGGGCUCUGGGUGGCCGUGGACCCAGCUGGCUUCCAGGACAUUGUGGCUGCCAGGGCUGUGCUGAGCGCAGGCGCGUGGCUGCUGCUGGCCGUGGGCAUUGCCCUGUCCCUGCUGGGCUUCCUGGGCUGCUGCGGGGCCCUGCGCCGGAGCCGCCCGCUGCUGCUGCUGUUCUUCAUCCUCGUCAGCCUCGUCUUCCUCACACAGCUCAUUGGGGCCAUUCUCUUUCUGGUGCACUGGAAACAGGUACUGGCAGCACCCCCAGGGUCACCAGCCUCCCUCUGUCACACCGUGGUCAUGGCUCAGAGUCCACCAGGUCCAGCCUGA